AUGCCGCCCCCCAGGACCCCCAGGACCCCCUUCCACAUCGAGGCGAUCCUGGCCGCCCCCCCCCGGCCCGGCCCCGCCGCCCCCUGCCCGCAGCCCCCGAGCUGGCCGGGGCCGGGGGCGCUGCCGGGGGCCUGGGGCUGGGGCUGGGGCUGGGGCUGGGGAGGUCUGGAGUUGUCUCACUGCGUAGGGACCGAUCCCCUGGGCCCCGCUGGGCCCUGGAGGUCCGGGGGGCCCUGCAAGAUGAAGAGGGUCCGCACGGUCUUCAAACCAGAGCAGCUGGAGCGGCUGGAGCAGGAGUUCCUCAAGCAGCAGUACAUGGUGGGCACGGAGCGAGUCGACCUGGCUGCAACUCUGCAUCUCACGGAGACUCAGGUGAAGGUCUGGUUCCAGAACCGGAGGAUCAAAUGGAGGAAGCAGAGCAUGGAGCAGAAGAAGGCAAAGCUGGCGCAGUUUGGGGUGAUGCAGCCUGCCUCCGCAGACUCGACGGACGUCAAGGACAAUGAGGAGGACACAGUGGACGUUGAGCUUUGAGCAGCUGAUGGGAUUCCGCUGCCACUCUUAUUUUUGCAGAUGUGCCUGCAUGAUGGAGGUGUACUGGGGGUGCAAGCACUUCAGUGCUUAAACCUCUCAAUCUGAGAGAACUGCAGCUGGCUGGGAGGAGCCCCCCAAGUGCAGAGACCCCUCUUUGGUAGCCACGUACCAUCGUUCCUGGGGUUCAUCACCAGGCCAGCUGCAAUGAUGGUGCCAUCGUUGUGGCAAGGUGUGUGAUCUCGUUUGCUGUUGAAGUGCCAGGGAGCACAAACAUUUUUCUGUAGAGAGGCUGGGGUGAAAAUCAGGUGGUGUCUGUGAAGGCUGUGAGCGUGAGGGCAUUUGAACACAGGGUGUUGCAGGUGACCGUGUGCUCCUAAGAGGGAAACCUGUGCUGGGAGGAGAAUCAGCCCUGGUUGUUUCUCCUGGACAUCUUGAUUCCCAUGUUUGAUACUGAGAUCACAACAAAAAAAAAGUGAAAGUUGUAAAGUCCUUUGCUCCCACCCGUAGUAUCUUUAUUCUUGUCAUAAUCGUAUUUAUGCUCAUAUAUUAUCCUUGCAGUAUGAUGAACGGGGUCUGGGCCUGCCCCUGGAGCAGAAGUGCCUCCUGUCCUGUGCCUUGCUGUAUUUUGCCUUCGUUUUGCCUUCCAAACCCCUGUGGGUCUCUCAGCCUUCUGACACUGCCUUACUCUCCACGGUGUGUGCAUGCUGCCGCAGCAGGGAAUAAGGGGCUCCUCCGGCUUGCUGAGGUGCGGGGAUCGGGGCUGUUAUAAAACAGCAGCUUUCCAACACCUCUGCUGGUUCAGACGGCCCCCUGCCCCUCGGCCAGAUGUGCUGAUCCCGGCCCAGACGGCAGCUGCUCUCUUCUGUCCUCGUUAUACACCACGGUGCUGCGGGAAGCAGCACCUGGAGCGCUUGGCGAGCACAUCUGUAACCACACGCUGUUCUAUGGUGGGUGGAAGGGCUCUGAGGGGCUGGGACUAAAUAAUUGUUUGGGCUUUCCCGUCUGUUUUAGUAAUUCUUUGGGGCUGGUGUCCACACCAGCAGCAGCUAAGCACGCUGGCUGUCACCUUGCAGUCCCAGGGUGCUGCGAGCUCAGGAUAAUUCAUUGUGCCUCCUC